CUUUUCCUGAUUAUACUUCUGGGCUUUUGGCUUUAAUCUUAGUUUCUUUUCAUUGUUGUCUCCUGCCCUGCAAUUCUAUUCGUCUUGUUUCCAGCUUCGGCAUGCUGAAUCUCUACACCUUGCUGAUUUUUCCAAUAUUUUUAUUUUUUGAUCGGCCAUACAAGUCUUUAAUUCGUACCAUUCACAGUCACUUUUUCGCAUUAAUUCAAUUUUCUAUCGCUCAGAAACUUGCUACUUCAGUCGAUCAGAAUCGUCACCACCAUUUUUUGCUUUAUUUUUCACUCAUCUUAUAUAUAUAUAUAUAUAUACUACAGUUUAUUCCUGAGUUGUUGUUAUAAAGGUUGGUUUCUCAUUUUAAUGCAAGAAAAUAAGCUUUUUAUAAAGUACUAGUGUUUUCUUAGUCAGUCAUUUUGUUAAUU